AUGAUGUUGAAGAAUGAUGUCAAAGGUGCAACCUCUGUGCUGCUAGAAAAGGCUAGGGUAAAGCAAAGAUCUCUGCUGCAGUUGUACAAUGUUGGGGAGCCCAUGGAGCGUGUUGCCAUUGAUGUCCUGGGACCUCUGCCAUACAUCCUCAUUGCGAUGGACUAUUUCAGUAAAUGGCCCAAAGCGUAUGCACUCCCAAAUCAGGAAGCGGUCACUGUCGCUGGUGUCCUUGUGUCCCAGUUCUUUAGUCAGUUUGGUGUCCCUGGUGAGCUACACUUUGACCAAGGCCGAAAUUUUGGAAUCGUCCGUGUUCCAGGAGGUAUGCACCCUGCUCGGAAUCAGGACAACUGCACUACAUCCACAGUCCGACGGCAUAAUGGAGCACUACAACCAGGCUAUAGAAGCCCAACUCGCUACAUUUUUCCAGGAUCACCAGAGGGACUGGGAUCGACAUCUGCCUCUACUACUCAUGUCUUACCGUUCAGCAGUGUAUGA